GAUGUUUUGUAGCGAUUGAAUCAGUGGGAUCAGAUUCUCUUUUGGAAAUGGAUCGUUGGAGAGGCAAAGUGGCUAUUGUAACUGGCGCCAGCGUCGGUAUCGGUGCAGCUAUAUGCUACAGGCUUGUCGAAGAAGGAUGUUUGGUUGUGGGAUUGGCGAGAAGAGUGGAGAUGGUCCAGCAGCACGCCAAGGGUCUUCAAGGUAAGCGCGGUAAGCUUUACGCUUACAAGGCGGAUUUGACCGUCGAGGAGGACAUAAUCAAAGCAUUCAAAUGGACAUUGGAGAACGUCGGUCCCGUUCACAUCCUCGUGAAUAACGCGGGCACUGUGACCGGCGGUACGGAUCUGAUCUCCGGCGAUACCGCCAAAUGGAGGACAGUGAUGGACACAAACGUUAUCGGCCUCUGCAUCGCCACCCGGGAAGCCAUACAGAUCAUGAAGAAGAGGAACAUCGAAGGACACAUCAUCCACAUCAACAGCGUUACAGGACAUUCCACCAUUUACAUACCGAAGAUUAACGUGUAUGGGGCCAGCAAGUAUGCGGUCACAAAUCUCGCGGAGACGCUCAGGAAAGAGUUGAUCGCGGAGAAAAUUAACAUCAAAGUUUCGAGCGUCAGUCCGGGAUUGGUGGAUACGGCAAUAAUCAGACAUUUAUGCAACGAUCGCAAGUCGGAACAAAUCGUCGAUGAAGCACCGAAAUUAGAAUCGGAAGAUGUCGCGGAUUCCGUUGCUUAUAUCCUCAGUACUCCUCCAAAUGUCCACAUCACCGAACUCAUGAUUAGACCCUUUGGAGAAUUAUUUUAGCAAUCAACAUCAGUAAAUUGUUUUUUUAUUCGUCUACUUCAUUUUCAAUUUGGCUACAACUCAAUUCCGUCAGUAUUUCACCAAAGAUAGACUUGUUCAACUCAUUUCUUUUCUCAUCUGAGAGAGCUGCUAAUUUGAAUUUAUUUAAAUACAACUUUCAGAACUUAUAGGCAACCCAUAAUACGUAAAUCAAGUAUUUCAAUUUGAAUGUU